AGCUGCUGCUGGAGGGUGUAGGGGCUCAAGCGUGGAGCAGAGGUGCUUCCCGAGCAAUGGUGAUGUGAUGUCUGGAGCCGCAGCUGCCAUGUGUAACCAGGAGACAAUGAACUCUACAGUGAAGAGCCAGUGUUCUAGGGACAGUGAUCCAGGGAUGCACCCAGGCCCUGGGGACACUGCUUGUUCCCAGGCCUGUCCCUGAUGGGGUGUGAAGUCAGCAGUGCUCGAUCAGGACUGCUUCGGUUGAAGCAGUUUUGUGCAAACAUUGAUGAAUGAAGACAGCCAGGUUACCUUCCUCUAAUCCUAGCCACAGUAAGGCUUGGUCUGCCAGGCCCAGGGCUGCAGUGAGUCCUGGCUCCUCCUGGCACUGUCAGCCUCAACAGAGGCUCCAUGCUGCUCCAUUGCACCGUUUCCCACCGAGCCAGGAGCGUGGGGAUUUGGAGACCUGACUGGCACCCACAGACAGGGAGCUCCAACCAAGGCUUCAUGCCCCAGCCUCCUGAGGUACCUCGACCUGCACAGCGUAGGGUCCAAAGCCGGGAUGAAGAAAGAUGACUAUGACCGAGGUUACUCUUAGCUGGGACCAGGCGGAACCAUAGCUUGUCGGGAGCUAAUGGCCGCCUGGAGCACCACGUGUUCUUUAUUUAUAGUGGAAGGCAAACAGGAAGAGAAGGCGGGGCAAAUAGUGCUACGUGCCCUCUGUGGCCUAGGUGGAACAUAGUGGGCAUGGGGAGGAAGGGAAUGGCAGGAUACGGGUAACUCUCCCAGGGUUGUGCCCUCAGGGGUCUACAAUAUGAGUGAAAGGAAGCAGGGAAGAGACGAAGGGCCAUCCUCUGGCUCGGCCCACGGCACUGAGGAGAGGAGCUUGGGCUUGUGGCUGUUUGAGGUCACUGGGGCCUUCAUAAGGGAAGCAGAGCCAGGGGCCAGCCAGGCCCUGCUCCUCAGGCAGGGACUCACCCUGGUACAAGUGCACCCAUCCCUGCCACAAGCCAGGGUGCAGUCACUCACCAGGAUAACUCCCUUACAGCACUGUGUUGUGUGUGCCACGGGCCAAGGAAGGGGCAUGUGCCGUGUGCCCUUCGUCUCCAGUAGGAGAUAAACUGAGCUCCCCUCAGCCCCAGGGCAUCCGGUUCAUAUGAUCACAUAAUCCCAGGCCUGAUUUGUUACCUCCCUGUUUCCUCAGGACCAAAUCAGAACAGACUUUUCACAGGAACCGCCCACAGGUGCACCCAGUGUGACCCACACGGGGGUCUCAGGCAGGGGCGCCCCCUUUCCGGUGUGAGAGCUGGGUUGCAGGAGGAAGGAUGUGUGGUUACCCUGCCAGAGGCCUCGGUGCUCGUGCCUUUUGAAGUCCAGCUAGGGAGGGGCCGGUUGACCACAGCCAUCUCAAAGGCCUCUUUGAUGGAGCUGGCACUGAUCCCUGCAGUGGCCCUGCCUCCUUGUCACGCCUGCCCUUCGGUCCCCUGGGGAGCUCCUCUAGAGCACCGUGAGGGUAACCCUUUGGGACCAGACUAGGGAGGAGGGUGUGCAGCACCAGCCUCCACACUGGCCCCUGUCUUCCUCAGUGAGUUGCAAGAGGGCACGGAAGGGCUGCUCCACUCAUGGAAGGGGGUUUGACCACAUCUGCUAAGCUGGAGAGAACCUUUGUGCCAUACAGUUCCACAGCCAACUGUCACCCAGCAGCUUAUGUGACCAGAGGGGGGUGCCAGCCCAUCCAGCAGGAGUGGCCUGAAGCCAGGCAGAGCCCUGCAUCCUCUGUCCAUGCCAUGAACACUGAGCACCACAGGGUGGGGGGUGGCCUUUAAUCAACUGCAGCAGUGGCAAUGAGCUCAGUGUGAGCAGUGUGCAGCUAGAAUGUUCCACUCAGGUGACAUCCAUGGGAGGCAAGCUGAGUGGGGCCUCAGAGGCCAGGCUGCUGCUCUUGGGCAGGCUUGGUAGCUGUGCUCUGGGCUGUGUUGGGCAGGGGAACUGUCCUGCAAUCUGUCAUCUGGGAAAGCUUUGCAAGUCUCAGUGCAGAAGCAAGGAGCAAUCGAUAUUUCUCAGUGGCUGCUGCACGUGCUCUUGGGUGGUCGUGGUGUGAAUGGUCAGGGUAUCGCAGAAACUGGCUGGCACUUGAGUCGGGGAGAGCGAGAACUUGUUUUUUGUUUCUUUGGGGGAGAAGGGUGGUACUGGGAUUGAACCCAGAGCCUUCACCCUGAGCUACAGCCUCAGCCCUGUUUUUAUUUUUUAUUUUGGGACAGGGUCUGUAAAUCACUAAGUUGCCCCAUCUAUGCUAGAACUUGCAGUACUCUUGCCUCAGCCUCCCAGAGUGCUGGGAUUAAAGGUAUGUAGCACAUGGUGGCUCAGAAUGGAUUUUAACAUCAAUAGCACAGGCACAAACACUUUGAAAACACUGACGACUCCUUCAAGCCUGGCUUACUGUCGUCCUCUGCUUUGAUGUACCCACCUGUGAGUAGGAAGCACCACCCCCUCCAUCGGGAGGACACUUGCUGUCCCAGACACAGCUCCUGUGAGAAAGUGCUCGUGUUGCUUCUCCCAACUGCUGACCACUGACCGCGGAGAUGGCGGCGAGAGCUCUGCCUGCUGAGUUCCUGGCUUCAGGGCCUGGGUGUUCUCCCUCCACAGGAAAUGGGGCACCGCUGGGGAGGGGCAGGCAGCUGCAUCCCAGUGCCCCGUGAUAAGCAAGAGCAUGAUGGGACUGAAGGGUCCUGCGGGACGUUACUGGGAUGCCCUCUGGCCAUCGGCUCCCAGGAAGUGGCGGCACCCUGGCCAGCACAAAGGAAGGGGUUGCUGCUUGCCUGGCAGGGCUGGGGCGCAGAGGCUCUGUAGGGCUGCACCAGGGCAGCCGCUCCAGAGCCCGCCCAUCCCUGCUGAGAGGUGGUGGAGCCUGUCAACUUCGGCCCUGGCUGGGUCUCCUGCAGUGUCCACUGUGAGAUUUCAAUUAUUAUUAUCAUUUUUUUUUUUUUUGGUACCGGGGAUCAAAUUCAGGGACCUUGUGCUUCGGAGGCGGUGCUGGAACCACUGAGCUAAAUCCCCGGCCCUUCAAUUAUGUUUAGAAUUUCUUCCUGGCCCAGCCUCCAAGUCUACCUUCAAGUUCAGCAGCUCUGUUGCCAUGGUACACGUUGCCCAGGCUGGAAGUGAACAGUGCUGCCUACUAACCUUGAGCCUAAAGGAAGGAACAGUGGGAUGGUGCUGGGGCCUGGGCAGGCCAAUCAGAGCAGUGUGGGGAGGGAGGAGUGAGGAGCCAGGGCAGGUGCUGUGGAGGUCCGGUCAGUCUGCAGAGGCUUUGAAUGUGAAGAGGAGGUGCAGGAGCAGCUGUGGGCCCAGGGGCCUGUGGGCCACACCGAGUGCCGCCCAUGCCCCCUGCAGCAGGCAGGAGUGCUUGGGAGCAUGAGCAGCACCCCCAUACACACGUCCCACCCACGCCCAUCAUGUGGUCGCCUGCAGUAGGCGAGGCCUCGGGAUGACUUUAAAGAUGCAGAGAAAGGCUCCAUUCUUCCCAGACCCUCAGCCCAGCCCUGGCCCAGCAAGGCAGGGACGGAGUCACUCAGAAAUGUGUCUGGUCCUGAGGGGCCUCCUGGGAAGAGGUGGGGAGGGUGGCCAAGAACCAAGUUCAUGCCCUUUGGGCGUGAGGUUGUGAAUGAGAAUCUGUGACCAGAGGGCCUCUGCAGAGCUCAGGGGCCUGGCCAGGGAGUGUCAGACCUGUCUGGGCCAUGCCUGGGCCAACCUUUGUCCUGCCAUGCAGAGGGUGAGUGACAGCCACUCUGGAGCCCCCAGAUGGAUGGAGGCAGGUGUGCAAGACACCAUGAGCUGAGUGGGAUGCCUGGAGUGAUGCUAGCUGGAAUUUAGGACUCUGCUUGCCCCUUCCUGUGCUGGGACAGGACUAUGCCCAUACAAGAGCCCCUGAGGAGGAUGCUGGGCUCCCUCAAUGCUACCCCCUCAGCCACCCCACUCCUCAGGUUGCCUGGCAACCACACGGGACCUGGGUGCCUGCACGUGUCCAUCCCUGAUGGGCUCUUCCUUGGCCUGGGGCUGGUCAGGUUGGUGGAGAAUGUGCUGGUGGUGGUCGCCAUCGUUAAGAACUGUAACCUGCACUCCCCCAUGUACUGCUUCAUCUGCUGCCUGGCCCUGUCCGACCUGCUGGUGAGCUCCAGCAUCGUGCUAGAGACAGCUAUCAUCCUGCUACUGGAGGCAGGUACCCUGGUGACCUGGGCCACUGUAGUGCCACAGCUGGACAACUUAAUUGAUGUGCUCAUCUGCAGCUCUAUGAUGUCCAGCCUCUGCUUUCUUGGCGCCAUUGCUGUGGACCGCUACAUCUCCAUCUUCUACACACUGCGUUAUCACAGCAUUGUGACACUGUCUCGGUCCCAGCGGGCCAUCGCAGCCAUCUGGGUGGCCAGUGUCCUCUCCAGCACCCUCUUUAUUACCUACUACAAGCACACUGCUGUGCUGCUGUGCCUGGUCAUCUUCUUCCUCGCCAUGCUGGCUCUCAUGGCGAUUCUGUACGUGCACAUGCUCACCCGAGCCUGGCAGCAUGCCUGGGGCAUCGCCCAGCUCCACAAGAGGCAGCACCCAGUCCUUCAGGGCUUCUGCCUCAAGGGGGCUGCCACCCUGACCAUCCUCCUGGGGAUUUUCUUCCUGUGCUGGGGCCCCUUCUUCCUGCAUCUCACUCUUGUCAUCCUCUGCCCCCAACACCCUGCCUGCAGCUGCGUCUUCCAGAACUUCAAUCUCUUUCUGGUGCUCAUCAUGUGCAACUCCAUCGUGGACCCCCUCAUCUAUGCCUUCCGCAGCCCAGAGCUCUGCAGGACACUCAAGGAGGUGCUGGUGUGCUGCUCCCCCUGAGCGGAGGGCAAUCUCCAUCUCAGGCCAGGGUGCUGAACAGAGGGAGAUGGUAAUAUUUGGUCACGGUGUCCUGUCCUUCCUGGUGGAUAGGACAAUCUCAAAAGGUCUGGGACUACAGAGAGGGUGAGUGUGGCCCGGCAGGCAAGAGCUUUACAGUAGCAAUCGUAGGGAAGGGAGGAAGCGGGGCUGGUUGGGGCUUGGGUGCCAGACACCUGGGCAGAGCCUAGGCUCCUGGGGAGACCUUCCUCCUGGAGAGCUCCUGCUCCACCCUAGGAGGAGGCAACACUCACCACCCCCUCAGGAUUUUGGCUUCUUUCUGUGUGUGUGAGAGAGCUAGGGAUUGAAACCAGUGCUUUUGCACUGAUCUAUGUCUUCAGCCCUUUAUUUUUUACUUUUUUGAGAGAGGGUCUUGCUAAGUCACUAAAUUUCCCAGGCUGGGCUCAAACUUUUUUUAUCCUCCUCCCUCAGCCUUCCAGAGAGCUAGGAUUACAGGUAUGCCCCACCAAACCCAGCUCCCCGCCCAGAGUUUGCCGCCAACUCUUGGGGCUGUGACAAGCCCUCCGGACAAGAAGUCUGAGUUGGAAGAGCUGUAAGAGUCGAGGGGAAGGAGGACUGCUCCUUCGAGGGACCUGACCAGGAAGAUCCAGCCACAGCCCGGCAGCGGAUGCCACUUCUGCAGAGGGACAGGAUUCACAGGAUACCUGCUUUGCACAGAGGAGCUGCUCUGACCCUUCCAGAGGGCAGACAGCUAGAGAUCCUGUCCUGUGCUGCAUCAGCAGAAGCUGUAGAGGCUGGCUGCCACAGAGACUGCAGGCCCAUCUGGGACAGGGGCCUGGGGCACCGGGGCCAGGAAGGUUGGUAAUAAAUGUGCUCCUGGCAGUCACCUCACCAUCCUCCCGGCUCCUUCCAGAAGUUGACUGAGGUAUGGGUGAGAGGAAGACAGGAUGGAAAUCAGGAUGGGAGAAAAGGUCCUGCAAGCCGUGGCCCACGUGCCCAGGUGAGGAAGUCACAGUACCAAAGGACCCCGGGCUCUGGGCAGAGUAUAGAGACCCCCACUCAGGCACCAGGGUUGAACUGUACCGUCUGGUGCUGGGGACAGGCAUCCGGCCCUUCCUGUGCCCAACCCCAGCCUCUCUCUGCAGAGCCCACCUCAGUUUCCUCCACAGAUGCUGAGCACUCAGCCAACCUCUGCCCUGGGGCAGGCUCAGCAGAGGCUAAGAUGGUGCUGUCUCUAGUAGGAAGCUUUUUUGCCAGCCCCCACCCAAGCUGUGCUGUCAGCCACAGCCCCGACUGUCGGCCUCAGGGCUGGGAGCUGCUUCCCGGAAAGGCUAGGGAGACAGAGCAGUGAGUCAGCCUUCAGCCUGGCACCGGAGCUCUGGGGACGAGGAGCGGGCUUGGCCCAAUGCCACUAAGGCAGGGAGGCGGCCCAGGCCUACGGAUGCUUCCAAGCCUCUACCCUUGCUCAGACAAGGAGGCACAGCCAAAUGCGCACUCCCGACUCCUUGAACAGGGACAGCUGGAAGCCCAGCAAGGAAAGCCACCUCGCCA